AUGAGAUUCUUUCUCUUUCUGAUUGGAACCUUUCUUGGCGCCUACGCCAUCAAGUCUCUUUCGUCGGAAUCUUGCCAAGUAUUUUUUGUGUCAUUAUUUUUUUCUUUGAUCAUUUGAAAGGUACUACCUAAUCUUACCUUCAGAGUAUUGACGUGAACGGGUGGUUAGAGUCUUCCGAUGGGAAGUUCGAUCAAGAUUGCCUCAGUGGAAAUCCGCCGAUUCUCUGUAACACGGAAGCUCUGAAAUGCGGUCAGGAGAAAUGUUGUGUGUGUAAGUAUUCAUUUAAUUUUGAGUUUUCCUAGAUCAAAAAAAAUCUUUGCAAAUCCAAGUAUGUAAUGUAAGACAGCCUCUCUAUCUCUUUUACCGACCAUGCAUGUCCAGAAAAACGGACUUUUUUGUCUCGAUAAAAAAAUUGAAAAUUAAAUGCUAUAGCUGAUUCACGGCUGGCUGGAGCCAUCAAAAAAGGGCCCUGACGCGAUGAGAAAAGAGACAGUGCCUGGUUCGUGGAGAGCGCAGACAAGCCACGCCCCUUAGUGUCGCAAGCUAGCCGUGAAUCGGCUAUAAUUUCUACAAGGAUGUUUCUAUUUUGUUUAAGCCUCACUUAUUUUUUCGAUUCGCAAGGAAUUUGCAGCCGAAUCGUCAUGUGGAGGUCGGUUGCUCGGAGAAUCGCCGAAGCUUUGUCAAAGUUCUAGCGAUUGCCAUCUGAAAAACGGCGUUGACGUCGAUUGCGUCGAGGUACCUUGAAAUUGUCAAUUUUCAAUGAAAGAUUCUGGGUUUCUGGUCUGAAUCGCAUUGCGUGAACCAUAACCAAUUGCAGAAACAGGCGGAAAGGCCGCUUUUUUCGGGGGUAGGCCACUGUUUGAGGGGGUAGGCCGCACCCCGGGGUGGGAUCCAGCCGACAUAUAGUCUGUUCAGAUUUUUAAUGUCAAGUGCAAUGACGUCGUUCAUAAACACUCUGUGGAUGGCUCGCUCUCUGAUUGGUUUAUCGCACCAUUAUGGGCGGAGCUUGAGCGACCACUUGAAAUUCAAAAUCUGAACAAACUAUAUGACCUCGGCAGCGUGGUUAGCUUUUUCACCUAUGGUUAAUGAGAUCCCGGUUCGAUCUCCUCUACAAGAGGCGCAAUAAUCUUGAAAUACUUUGCCAAACUGACGAGAGCCACACCGCAUAUUCUCAGAGAACCUGAUAUUUGAUCCCCACGCCAAAUUUUUUUUCUCAGGGAGUCUGUUGCCCCAAAGUCAUCGUCAAAAGGGAGGAUGACGAUUCAGGUAAUGUAUUUGACUGAAAAACUAAAAAAAGGGGUUAUUAGUUUGCCCUCUUAGUCAGGAAACUGUUUUUCCCUGCACCUGCGACGCAAAAACGUGUGGCUGCUCUUAUUCAAACUACAUUUGUACGAGUUACGGACCGAAGAAAGCAACUCGGCAGCAAAGAAAUCACUGUUGUCGUGAGUUUGCCUCGUUCUCUUCUAUUCUCUUCUUAUUUUUCUUCUGACCGCUUGAGCGGCGUCGGCAACCCAAGUCGAUUAACCGAGGUCCUAUCCUGAUACUUACUCACUCAUUUAGAUACUUAGAUUGUCCAUCUAAGACUUUUUAUUGAUCUAAACGUGGACCACACGUUAUCCAGCAGGUCCGGUCUUAUGCAAUCGGUCAUCCAAAUUCGACCUGGUUGACUCGCAUUCUUGCGAAAAAGUUCCAUCCAUGGUGUUGCACAUGUUAUAGCAUAAUUGUGGUCUGAUUUUCCUAUUUACCUAGUCAGGGCUAAAAGACCGCCAUUCUGUUUGUCGCUAUCUUCUUUCCUAUUAAUUUUUUUGACGAAUUAUGAUGAACAUAUCGAAAUUCGGGGCGCGCCAUAGCACAACAGGUCGUGUACCUGUCUAUGGUGACACAACAAUGUCACAAGUUCGAUCCCCGCCUCGACCUAACCAAGGGGUUUAAGAAAUGUUGGUAGUGGGGAAGUAUGGCUUCAAAAAUCCCCAGGCGUCACACAUAAGGACGGAUAUGUCACUAGAGCCAGUCCACUGGUUAUCAGGUUAGGAGCUCGGCUAGUCGACUUGGGGCGCUCGAGCGGUACAAAGGCGUAGGAAGACGAAGAAGAAUAACAUAUCAAAAUUUCAUUGAUAAAACCGUUCCGGAAUUGUUCGGUGGCCGUGAUCUUUCAAAAAUCACAGAAAUUGUUUUUUGAAGGUUUAUUGAAGUUACGGCAUGCCGGACAUGACGUUGAAAAGUCCAAAAAUACCACUUGAAUUCAUGGAUAGAUCUUAUCGCUUGGCUAAAUGGCUUGGCUUGGCCACCUUACCGAACCUCCACCUAUGCCGCAAUGACCAAGCUCAAAAAUAAUUUAUUCAUUACGCUGACACAACUGCACAUUUAAUUUUGAACUUUAGCGAUAGUCAAGUGUUCGACGGGAAUGUAUGCCGGAAUCGUGCACGAAAAAGAGUAUCUGACUGAAUUCACAGGAAACAGGCUCAAUACCUAUGCAGAGAACAAUCUCAUGUGUAGUGAGUUACUCAUACAAGUCUUAUUCCAUCUCGAACUCAAAUCGGUAGUAUUAAACAGUCUUUACCAAAAGAAAAACUGUAUUUUUAUACACACACAGGAGGUCGAUACAAGUAGGUACGGGGUAACAAAUUCAAAGUCAAUCGUCGCAUGGUAAUCGGUGGUCGUUUGUAUGCGACCGGGUACUAUCUCUUUUGUACCUGGAUACUACCGGAGAGGUAUCGCGAUGCUACGGGUAUGAUUCGACCGUACGCUUUCCGGUACCAUGAAAGUGGCUAAAGCUAGGUAUCGGGUAGCUCCCCGGUACCUACUUGCAUCGGUCUCCGGGUUCAUCUUAGCGUGAGCAUUUAUAAGUAAAGCCCGCUCAAUUUUUUCCUCUAACAACAACCAUAUUCGAGCAUAUAUUUGGGUCGAUCAUAAGCUCAUUCACGGCUUCAUUGGGAAAAUGAGGGGGCAUGGCCUGUCUGCGCUCUCCACGAGCCAGUUACUAUCUCGUACAUUAUCGUGUCAGGACUCUGGUGAAUCGAAAGGUAGAUACAAGUAGGUACCGGGUAGAAACCCAAGUCAAUCGGCGAAUGGUAAUCGGUGGUCAUUUGUAUGCGACCGGGUACUAUCUCUAUGGUGCCUGGAUAGUACCUGGGUGGUAUCUUGAUGCUACCGGGUAUGUACCUGAAAUUCGCGAUUGCCACUGGCUGGCACAUUGGUCGUGUAUAUAGCAUCAGUGUUUUUUUACACCUUCCAAGCCUGCCAGGGUCAUAAUUGGAUAAAGCUGAAACAAAAAAUAACGACCCUGGAAGCAAUUCCAGACUUUCCAAAAGAAAUCGCGAUUGUCAGGUAGCUACCCGGUAGCUACUUGCAUCGAUCUCCGACCCAGGUAGCAUAGAGAUAGUACCCGGUCGCAUACAAACGACCACCGAUUACCAUACGCCGAUUGACUUUUCAAAAGUUGCUACCCGGUAGCUAUUUGUAUCGACUUCCCGAUUCACCUUUGAACCCUUUUUUCGAUGGCUCAAGGCAGCCGUGAAUCAGCAUCAGCUAUUUUUGAUUCGUUGAAAAGAAGCCGGAAAAUUGUCUGAUUGAUGAGAUUUCAACCGAAGUAAGGAAAGAAAGGUCUUGUUUUCAGAUAUUCCACUGCCCUACCUUCUCAGAAGACUCGUUUUCGGAUACAAGGAAGAGAUUAAAAAAAAAGUUCUCAAGAAUCGAAACCAUUGGGCUAUUGGAUUCGAUAAAACGAAAAGAGGACCAUUCAAAAAAUGUGCAACAAAUAGCGACUGCGAAGAAGACCAAUAUUGCGAUCACGUAUUGACGGAAUUUUUCGCUAAGGACGAAUACUACGACAAGACGAACGAAAUGAAAGCCUGCUUCAAAAGUGGGAAUUUUUGAACUGUGAAAUUAUUUUCUCAGGUUAUCGCAGAUCUAUCGCAAGCAGGCACUAGAAAACUUUCUCUGAUCAAAUUUUUGAUUACCGAGGAGUCUGUCGAAAACACCUGAAAAAUCUUUAUUUCGAAAGAUUUCAGUGGGUGAAGGGGGGUAAAAAAACGGUCCGUGUUCAGAUUUCGAGUUGAAAUGGUUAAGCAUUCAGAAAUUUUCAGUUCCCAAACUGUACGGUAAAGUUUUGAAAGACAAAACCUACGGCCUUCAGAUGUGUAACGGGUAAGUCUAGAACUUGAAAAUAAAUCUCAUCACUUUCUUUAAGACUCACCGAGUGCAUGGCUCCUUCGCACUAUUGCUUCCAUGGAUUUCGUAGUUUUUCCCGAGUCAAUGAGGACCCUAUUGAAAAAAAAGGGAUCUGCAUGGAAGGUUUGUCUGAGCGAAUCUUCGAAAAAAAAAAGCCGCACCUUUCGAAAAGAAUAAUUUGAUUUUGACGACCCACAACGAUGGCUCUUUUGUCGUUAUCAGUCAAAUCCUUUUUUCCAGAGGUUCUUCCCAUGUCUGAAAACAGGAAAAAAACAUAUGGCAACAUUAUUACUUUUAAAAAAUUUAAUAAAAUAAAUAAAAAUAAAAGCAUAAAAACAAAAAAAAUUGAAUUCAAUAAAAAAUGCCUAAAAUGCGUCAUAGUGAUUGCGGACAUGUCUUUGUAUACCGUAUAUAUUUCAAAGUAUAUUUUACAUUAUCCCUGGAAGUUAUAUUUGAAUCGGAUGAGUAUUCGCUGAGAUAUCCCCAAAAAACCAAAACUUAAUAUACUUUUGAGCGGUACUGUAGUUGUUCUCCCUGAAUUUUCUAUCGUAAACAAAUUUUUUUUUCAGCACCGAUAAAAUUAUGCAAACGCGGAAAGGAUUGUGCCCCAGAUGAGUACUGUCAUGGCAUUCUGAAGGCUUUAACUGAACUGGGUCAUGCUGGAGAGAGUGCAAAAAAACGUGCCAAAAAAACGUUUGUUUUUCCCAAUUUUUUUCGGAAAUUACAGAAAUCAGAAUUUUCGGGAUUUUCAUGAGCAUUCGUUUCGAAAAAAAAAAAAAUUAACUUUAAAAUUAUAGUUCCAACUGUGCCAGGAUUCAUUCAAUACCAUAUAUAUGGCAGAGAUCCAAUGUUUUGUGAAAAAAAAAGACAUUGCCGGUCAUACGCAAAGUGCCACCCUCUGGAUCACAGCAUUUCGCCAAUUCAACCACAAGGAGUUUGUAUUCACGGUAAGUUCAGUUCCUUCUGUAGAAAGAAAAAAAAAAUAGUCUGUUCUGCCGCACUUGAAAGGCAUUGAACGUACGGAUAGAGUGUCUGAUUGUAUUCAAGUGUAGGGGGUGGAAUGUUUCUCAUUGUUUAAUCACCUUAAAUUAAUAAAUGAAAUGAUGAUGCUCUAAUCUUGUUCUCCUUACGCCUUCGUACCAGUUGAGCGGCGUCGGCGGUGUCGAUUCCUAUGCUGAUAUCAGUGAUAAUCAAUGGAAUGCCUCUAGUGUCAUAUCCGUCCUUGUGUGUGACGGCUGGGGAUUUUCGAAGUCGUGGUCUCCCACUACCAACAUUUCUUGAACCCUUUGGUUGUGGGCGGGGAUCGAACUUGUGACCCUGUGGACCGUAGACAGGCACAACACCUGUUGCGCUACGGCUCGCCGAUGGUGCCCUAAUCAAGAGAUAGUUAUUAAAAAAUCUCUCUCUCGCGUUUCCUCUAGACGAAUAACCGCUCUAUUCUGUCAAAAUUGAUUCAAUAUGGUCUUUUGAAAAUUGAAAAUUUUUUCAAGAUCUUCAUUUCGAUGGAAAAAAAUACUCGACACCUUUUCCUAUUUAUAAUGGAAGUAAGCAAACCGAAUGUCAAACCGAUAGGCAGUGCCGAAGAUCGAGCUUUUUGACAACUAUGAUGUCGCCUGAAGCAGACAUCUACACGUAAGACUUUGGAAACAAAGUUUCUUUAAUUCAAAUUUGCAGAUAUAAGUGCGUGCCUGUGAAAAACUUGACUCUCUGUAUUCAUGGUGGGUUCAUGAAAUCAACACGCUUCACAAUUUUCAUCAAGAAAAGAGUUAUUUUGGUAACGGGGAGGGGUUGAACGCAAUCUUUAAAAAUUAAUAUCUCAAAUACUAGAAGUUUGCCCAGGUAACGACUAUGGGGGAUCUUCAUCUGGAGAGUGUUUGAGCCAAUAUGUGGAAAAAUCCAAAGUUCAAAGUAAGAAUAAAUCUCGUAGAAGUAGAGUCUUGUUGAUGAAGGCAAAUUUUUGAAAAUGGCAGCGCUUAAAUGAAAAGCUUUUCAUAACCUUCCGAGUCAAAAUCAAGGCUACUUCUAGUUUCAUCUUAAAAAUCAAAAAAAAAAAUCGCCUUGGCGUGUUUUGCCGACGUCAAACCAUUUCAAGUCAAGACAGUAUGAUUUCAGAAAUGCUCGAUCAGUCCAACUGUACAACAGGUGAAAUUGCGGUGGCCGACGUCGAUGGCGUCACGCCGAAAUGUAUACCAGGAACACUGAGACCUCAAGAUUUCCCUUAUUUGAACCCUCUUCCGGGGGCUCCAGGGAUUCCUUUGGAUAGCGGAGCUGUAUCGAGCUCUGAAGCUUCCGCCGCACAGGUGAAUAAUAAAUAUUUUUGCAUCAACCACUAUUGUUGAUUUCAUUAAGGUUUAAGGGCGGAUUGAAAAUGUAUCACUCUACUAGAUGACUGUGAACAAAUGAAUUGUUUGAAAACUUAAAAGCUAUGCAGUAAAACUUUACUUCCUUUCGACUGUUAGUGAUACUCGACCCUCUUUCCCAAGCUUCACAGGCGAAUCGGGAGGGUACCAUAAUGUUUCCACAGAGAUACCUCUCAAAAUGGAUCGUGAGGAACCCAUGUGUCCAUCGUGAAACCUCCAGCAUAUCCCUUACCACUUAGCUCUACAUAUGUGAGCCAUCUCGGAGGUACUUGAGAGUGUCUCUGAAGUCUAUCUCAUUUUGCCCAAGGUCCUCAGAGGAUUACUCGAGGUAUCAUCGAUAUACUUCAGAAAGUAUCACCCUUUCUCUAUUCGCCUAUUUUUUGAAAUGAUUUUCUUUGAACGGAAAACUUCCAGAGCAAGAAUGAACACGACGAAGGAAGCGACGAAGGAAGUACGAACAAAAUCAUCGCCAUAGUCGUUGGAAUCAUUUUCCUAACUAUCCUCAUAAUCUGCGGCGUUCUUGGAAUCAUCAUCUACAAGAAGAAGCGGAGAAGACGAUGA